GGGCCGGGGUCGCCUGAGGAGACGAUUCUCCUUAGUGCCGCCUUCCGUGCGGUGCCGCGCGAUGAUUGGCCAGAAGGCCGAGACCUGAUUGGCUUGGAGGCACGUCUAUCAAAGGGCGGGCGCGUGAGUGCGGCUGCCGCGGCGAAUCAGCGGGGGCUUCGCGGAGGCUUCUGGGUUUAGUAGUUCGUGGCGGAGCCGCCGUCGCGCUCAACCAAUCAGGCUCGCAUGAGCGAUCACGUGACGCGGCGCGGGGCGCUGAUGGGAGUUGUAGUCGCGUAGGCCGCGCGGGGUUCUGUGUCCCGGUUUUUCCCGUUUUUCCCGUUUUUUCUCCCCCUUCUCCCGUUUCUCUCGCCGCCGCUCCCGGCGCGUGCAGGCUGUGACGGCCCGGGAUGGCCCGAACCAAGCAGACGGCUCGGAAAUCCACCGGCGGCAAGGCGCCGCGCAAGCAGCUGGCCACCAAGGCGGCCCGGAAGAGCGCGCCGUCCACGGGGGGCGUCAAGAAACCGCAUCGCUACCGGAGGCCAGUGACCCCGUGUGUGUCACACGUGUCUCACCUGUGUCACACCUGUGUCUCACCUGUGCAGGAGGCCAGCGAGGCGUACCUGGUGGGGCUGUUCGAGGACACCAACCUGUGCGCCAUCCACGCCAAGCGCGUCACCAUCAUGCCCAAGGACAUCCAGCUGGCGCGGCGGAUCCGCGGCGAGCGCGCCUGAGCUCCGGGAAUGCCGGGAAAUUCCGGAAAAUUCGGGAAUUCUGAAAUUCCAGAAAUUCGGGAAUUCCGGGACCCCGCAGGGGCUGGGGCGAGUUCCUCCCUUUUUUGUACGCUCGGGGGUCCCCGUCUUUUCUACACGCGGGUUUUGGGGGGAAAACCAGGAAAUUUUUGGGGGAAAAUGGGAAUUUUUUGGGGGGAGAACAGGAAUUUUUUUGGGGGAAAACGGGAAU